ACGUUGUCGGCGUAAUGUACUUCGUUUAAUACAACGACUUGAAUUGCAAUAAUUGGAUACAAAGGAGAAGCCAACUUAGACCAAUAGACCGAGUCAAGAAACACAGUGAAUCAAAACGUGCGCGUUUCUCACACUUCUCCUCCUCCUCUCCUUCCUCGUAACACACUCUUACUUACACCUAUACAUAUAUAUAACUAAACCUUGCUGAUUAACAAAAUCAUCACGAAAAAAAAAAAACAGAGACUUUUAAUACACGACGACGAAGAAGAAGAAGAAGAAGACCUAAAAGAUCGGGACUUUCGAUUUCCGAUUUGAAACUAUGAUCAAUUCCGAUGUUGGUAUCGUGAUUCGUGACGUUUGGGCUGACAAUCUCGAGUCAGAGUUUGAACUAAUCAGCGGAAUCGUCGAAGCUUACCCAUUCAUCUCCAUGGAUACAGAAUUCCCCGGCGUGAUUUUCAAGGCAGAUCUCGCCGUUCUCCGUCUUGGAAAUCCUAAUUAUCUCUACAAUCUUCUCAAAUCCAACGUCGAUGCUCUAAGCUUAAUCCAAGUCGGUCUUACUCUCUCUGACGCCGACGGAAACCUCCCAGAUCUCGGCGUUCAAAACCGUCGAUUCAUCUGGGAAUUCAAUUUCCGUGACUUCGACGUGGAGCGUGAUCCACACGCUCCUGAUUCCAUCGAGCUGCUCCGUCGUCACGGGAUCGAUUUCGAGCGGAACCGUCGCGAAGGUGUUAAAUCGGGGAGGUUCGCGGAGCUGAUGAUGUCAUCGGGGUUGAUCUGUAACGAGUCUGUGAGCUGGGUGACGUUUCACAGCGCGUACGAUUUCGGUUACCUUGUGAAGAUUCUCACGCGCCGGGAGCUUCCGGUAGCGUUGCGUGAGUUUUUACGGUUGCUUAGAGCUUUCUUCGGUGAGAGGGUUUAUGAUGUGAAACAUAUUAUGAGGUUCUGUGAGCAGAGGAGAUUGUACGGUGGUUUGGACCGGGUUGCUCGGUCGCUUGAAGUUAACCGGGCGGUUGGGAAAUGUCAUCAAGCCGGUUCGGAUAGUUUGCUGACGUGGCAGGCGUUUCAGAGGAUGAGGGAUUUGUAUUUCGUUGAGGAUGGGGCGGAGAAACACGCCGGAGUUUUGUAUGGUUUAGAGGUUUUUUGAGGAACUCAAUUAAUCAUUCUUGUUAUUCAUUAAAACAGUGGAAAUCGAAAUUAUUUUAUUCA